AUGGCGGAAAAGGGCAGCAACACCACGUCGUACCGGCCGAUCGUGUGCUAUGCCCCGACCAUGAUCACGACCAACGGCAUUUGGCAAGGAGAUAACCCGUUGGACUACGCGUUGCCGCUCUUUGUAUUGCAAUUGACACUCAUCAUUCUCACCACUCGCUUCCUCGUUUUCGUCAUGAAACCGUUUCGCCAACCUCGUGUCAUCCCUGAGAUCCUCGGCGGGAUAAUUUUAGGGCCAUCGAUACUCGGACAAAGCAAGAAGUUUGCGGAGAUGGUGUUUCCACUCCGGAGCGUGAUGGUCCUCGAGACAAUGGCGAAUGUCGGGAUUCUCUACUUCCUAUUCCUCGUAGGAGUCGAAAUGGACAUUGUAAUGAUAAAAAACACGGGAAAGAAAGCGUUGGUGAUCUCAUCGGCCGGGAUGAUUCUACCCUUCCUUAUAGGCGUAUCAUUCGCAUUCGUGCUACACACGAGCGGGCAAUGGGUAAAACUCGGCACAUUUAUUAUAUUCCUCGGUGUUUCCUUAUCGGUCACGGCAUUCCCCGUGCUUGCGCGCAUUCUAGCCGAGUUGAAGCUUCUCAACACCGAUGUUGGAAAAAUAGCAAUGGCUUCGGCUCUCAUCAACGACAUGGCCGCGUGGAUUCUAUUGGCGCUCGCGAUAGCAAUAGCCGAGGAUGAGGCCUUGUCCCUAUCCUCAUUGUGGGUGUUAUUUUCAAGCAUAGGGUUUGUUCUUUUUUGCUUUUUCGCGGUAAGACCGAUGCUUGUGUGGAUUCUACAAAGAACACCCGAAGGCGAAGCGAUCAAUGAGUUCUACAUAUGCCUAAUUCUUACGCUCGUGAUGCUCUUUGGUUUCAUAACCGAUGCGAUGGGGACACACGCCGUGUUUGGGGCUUUCGUCUUUGGUUUGAUCAUCCCUAAUGGACCUAUCGGUGUGAUGCUUAUCGAGAAGUUGGAGGACUUUGUCUCGGCGCUAUUGUUGCCCAUUUUUUUCGCGAUAAAUGGUCUCAAGACGGACAUUACAACGAUCAAAGGCGUUGGGACUUGGAUGCUUCUCGCCCUUGUUAUAGUUCUCGCUUCGCUCGGUAAAGUUACCGGGACACUACUCGCUUCUCUUUAUUGUAACAUACCAUUCCAUGAAGGACUUACUCUUGGAUUGCUCAUGAACACCAAAGGCCUUCUUGAGAUGAUUGUGCUUAAUGUUGGCAAAGAUCAAAAGGUUUUGGAUGACAAAUCUUUCGCGAUACUUAUCGUAGUAGCGACUUGCAUGACGGCAAUCGUCCAACCGGCCAUCACGAACAUACAAAAACCGGGUCGAAAAUACGUCCCUUACAAGAGGCGAACCGUUCAACAAGCAAAGCCCGGCGGUGAGCUUCGCCUAUUAGUAUGCAUACAUACGCCGAGGAAUGUCCCGACAAUAAUCCAUCUCCUCGAGGCCACAAACGCGACUAAAAACUCGCCAAUUCGCGCGUACAUCCUCCACCUCCUCGAGGUCACCGGUCGCCAAUCCGCGAUGCUCAUUGUCCACAACAUGCGAAAAUUAGCGACAAACCAAUCCAACAACAAAUCGUACCAUAUCUUCAAAGCCUUCGAAAACUUCGUGCAACAAGAAGAGUUCAUCACGCUCAACCCGCUCACGGCGAUAUCUCCCCCGACCACAAUGCAUGAAGACAUAUGUGGCGUCGCCGAGGACAAGCAUGUCACGCUCAUCGUCUUGCCUUUCCACAAGCAACAAACCGUCGACGGUGGAAUGGAAGUCACCAAUCCGGCCAUUCGAACUAUUAAUGUAAAUGUGCUCGACAAUGCGCCGUGUAGUGUGGCAAUUCUUGUCGAUAGAGGCUUCAAUGGGCCGGCGAGAUCGUUCUCCGGGAACAAUAAGUUCCACCACGUCGCCGUGCUAUUUUUUGGAGGGCCCGAUGAUAGAGAGGCGUUGGCCUUCGCGUGGAGGCUCUCCGAGCACCAAAGGAACAACCUCACUAUACUACGUUUUACAACAGGAGAAAAUACGUCACACAAUGGGCUCGAGGAAGAUCUUGAUGAGAAGUACAUAAAUAAAUUUUGCGAAGGGACCGAAGACAAUUCGUCGGUUGCAUACAUGGAAAGAGAGGUGAGUCAUGGCGAAGAAACCGUCGGAAUCAUAAGGUCGAUGAACAAAAACCAUGACUUGGUGAUAGUAGGUCGGGGGCGCGGCGUGACUUCUCCGGUGACGGCGGGGCUUAGCGAUUGGUGCGAGUGUCCGGAGCUCGGCGCAAUAGGAGAUUUGUUGGCCUCGCCGGAUUUCACGUCGACCUAUUCGGUGCUCGUAGUGCAACAAUACCAAGGGGAUGAGGUACUCGGUGAUGUCGCCACCAUUAACAUGCCGGAAAGUCCUAAUGAGCACCACAACGACGAGGCUCGGCCGUCGCCGGCGCCGGAGGAAAAAAUUGGUCAUCAACCGUAA